GAGUAAACGGAACUGCUGCACUGAACAAUAACUGCGACUGGAUUGUAUAAAACAAAAGUUCACCAAGCUGUUUUUUGUUGUUGUUGUUAUUCUAUUCUAACUUUUCUAUACUAUUCGUCAACAAUCAGAAUAUCUACAUUUUUUUGUUUGUUGUCAUCGUCGACUUAGAUGUAGUUGCUGUCUCCGCCUUGAUUUGUGACUUUAUAUCUAUGUAGUGUUUAUCCGACGGACCGAUAUUUUUUUGUUCAGGUGGUCGACCACUACCCCCUUUUCGGUUGUUUACUUUCUGGUUGACUUCACAUCACCCGCUGUGUAUGAGUAACUUUGUCUUUACUAAUUCUAUGUGACAUUUUGACGCUAUUCUCGCUACUACUAUGGCCGAGGCAGCCCAACAACCACAACAGGUUGAGAUCGACCCGGAUUUCGAGCCUCUUUCCCGGCCCCGCUCCUGCACAUGGCCCCUGCCACGUCCGGAGUUCAUCACCCCGGGCGACUCUAACACCUCCUCUCCCGCCCCUUCUGUCAAACAAGAACCCAGCAGCAACUCCGAAUUCAUCUCCAGCCUCAGUUUAUUAGAAGAGACUGAAGAUUACCCCGAAGAGGAUCAGAAACCCACCAUCCUCUGCAAUGAUUUCCAAUGUCAGGAAAACUGCAUCCACGACCACCAACAGCAUCAGCAGCAGCACCCGGGGAACAACCCCCAACUCCCGCAGCAACAGGUGCUUCUGCUCUCCUCUCCGGCCGGGUCUGCAUCUUCAGUAGCGGCUGCGGCCGCUGCAGCUGCCCAGAGGAAAAGCAGUUCAUCUCGGCGUAACGCCUGGGGCAAUAUGUCUUAUGCGGACCUCAUAACUAAGGCUAUUGAGAGCACCCCGGACAAGAGACUUACCUUGUCGCAGAUCUAUGACUGGAUGGUGAAGAACGUGCCUUAUUUCAAGGACAAGGGAGAUAGCAACAGCUCUGCUGGAUGGAAGAACUCUAUCCGGCACAACCUGUCCCUCCACAGUCGGUUCGUCCGUGUGCAGAACGAGGGGACAGGGAAGAGUUCCUGGUGGAUGCUAAACCCUGAGGGAGGGAAGACUGGGAAGUCCCCUCGACGUAGAGCAGCCUCCAUGGACAACAACAACAGCAAGUUCGCCAAGAGCAAAGGACGGGCUGCUAAGAAGAAGUUGUCUCUCCAGGGUGGUCCUGACGGGGGAGCAGACAGCCUCGGGGGAGGCACCUACUCCAAGUGGCCCGGCAGCCCCAACUCCCACAGCAACGAUGACUUUGAUGCAUGGAGCGGUUUCCGGCCGCGCACCUCCUCCAACGCCAGCACGCUCAGCGGACGCCUCUCGCCCUUCACGCCCGAGGACGACCUCGGAGACGGGGACGUGCACAUGGGCUACCCAGGAUCCUCCGGGGCCAAGAUGGCGAACACAUUGCCCAGCCUGUCAGAGAUGGCGAGUUCUCUAGGCCACCACCACCACAGCUCAGAGAACGUUAUGGAGAACCUUCUGGAUAACCUGAACCUCCUCUCUCCCAAGAACACCCAGGUGGGAGGAGGAGGGGGUGUGGGGCAGGGGUCAUCCCAGAACUCCCCUUCCCCCCUAAUGCAGGCCAGCCCCGGGUCAGGGGUGGGCUACCCUUCCUACUCCUCUCCCUCCAUGGUCCCCCAGCAGCAGCAGGACUACCGCAAGUGUCGGUACAGCCAGGCAAGGAUGAAUGCUCUCUCCCCCAUGUCUCCCAACCCCAUGCAAACCCUGGGGGACAUCAAGUCCAGCUUCAGCCCCUCGUCUCUGAGUCAAUAUAACUGUCCUGCUGGCCUCCUCAAGGAGCUCCUGACCUCAGACUCUGACCCCCGCGGGGACAUGACGCCCUCGGUCGACACGGUGGUCUCUCAGUCUAGCGCAGGACGAAGCAGCGUUCUACCUUCGUAUAAUGCCUCUCAGCACGGAGGAGGAGGAGGAGGAGGAGGAAGAGGGGGUGGGGGUCUACACCCCCACCCACACUCUCACCCUCACCCCCACGGCCUCCCCCAUCCCCAAACCCACCCUCACCCUCACCUCCACAACCAAACCCCACCCACUUCUGUCUCGUCCAUGAACAGCUGCAACCUGAUGUCUCUGGGCAGUUUGAGCCACAGCGGUGGAGGGGGUAACGGAACCCGCCUGGGGGUUAAGAACCCCAUGCAGGUGCCCUACGGUCUCUCUACCCAUGUUGGACCAGGGGGGAUGCCCGGUGGGUUCUGCCCCAUCAACACUAACGGAUUUGGGCGUCCCGGCCUGGGUCUACCCCCCGCCCCCCACCACCACCACCACCACCACCACCUGGAGAAACUGCCCAGCGAUCUGGACGACAUGUCCAUUGAGAGGUUCGAGUGUGAUAUGGAAUCCAUCCUUCAUGACACCCUGAUGGACGGAGACCCGCUGGACUUCAACUUUGAACCCAUGGUGACCUCGCAGGGGUUCACGACCCAUGGGGUCAAGACGACCACGCAUGGCUGGGUGUCGGGGUAGAGGACGGAUGGACAUACACUCUCUUACAUACAUACACGAUGGAAGGACACGUGGACUGACGGACACGCACACACACACACACACACACACACACACACACACACACACACACACACACACACACAC